GACAGCUUCACUUGAUAGACCGACCACCCACCCUCAGCACACUUUCGCUCCUUUCUGAGCAGCCUGCCAGCCCGCGUGCUUUUGGCCCACGGAAGGAGAUCUACCGGACAGAAACGCAGGCCGCCUUCAGUCCCCGUACAUCGCGUUAGGCGCACGCCUCGCUUCGCUUCUUCAAGUCGGUCUCCCUCAGACCGCACAUACACCACAGCUAUGGCGGACCUCGAGCACUUCGACCUCCUCCCCCUUCAUAUGGAUCCGCAGUCCAAGGCCAUCUCGUCGGCACGGCCGUCGCGCACCCUCGACGCGGAACUCGAACAGCUCAACACGCUGCACCGAGCGUUGCUGUCGCUCGACCACCCGGCGACGGUGCCCCCGGCGCCCAUCCCCGUCAACCCCAAGCGCAGCGGCAACAUCAGCAAGCUGCGGGACAACGGCAACGCCGAGUAUCGCAAGCAAAAGUACCCCGAGGCGGUGCGCCUGUACACCCUGGGCAUUCAAAUGGCGCUGACGCGGCCCAUGUGGGAGCCCGCGGCGCUGGUGCGCGAGGAGGUGUCGGGCCUGCUGGCCAACCGCGCGCAGGCGCACAUGGCGAUGCAGAACUGGCCCGAGGGCGCCGUCGACGCCGAGGCCAGCGUCGAGGCCCGCCGCGUGGGCAACGCCAAGGGCUGGUGGAGGAGGGGUCGCUGCCUCGUCGAGAUGGGCAGGCUGGACGAGGCGAGGGAGUGGGUGAAGAGUGGCCUCGAGGUCGAGGGCGAGGAGGCUGAGCUUGUCGGCCUGCUCAAGGAGAUUGACGGACUGAUUGAGAGGAAGAAGCGAUCGCUAUGAGAGGGAGGUGAGGGGGCGGGUCGCUGGAUAAGGCGGGCAUGGGGAAGGCCAACAAAGCAAGAUGCAGGCAGGGCAAGCGAUGUACAACCACGUUACUAACAUGAUAUCAAGUUUGCGAGGAGGGAGAGGACCACUUCAUUAAUCGGCGCAUGGGCAAAUACACGUGGCUUUGUGUUUGAAUCUCUGCUUUAUAGCUGACGAUGCUUGCAGCGGUGACUGCAAGGGCACAACGUGGAGUCUGCGACAUCGCAAGCCGCAACUUUGACAUGUCAGAUUCUGAAUGCGAAGCGUGGUUUCCCUGCCAUUGGAUAUCCUAAGAACGGGGCACAAAGCAAACAAAACAUGCCGG